AUGUCUGCAUUGAAACUCCCAAACACCAAGUUGUUCAUUAACAACAAGUGGGUCGACCCAGUCGAGCCAAAGACUUUCAAGACCUACAACCCUGCUACUGAGGAGGUCAUCUGUGAGGUCUCAGAGGGUUCGGCAAAGGAUGUCGAUAUCGCUGUCAAGGCUGCCAGAGAGGCAUUUGAGAAUGGAGAAUGGUCAAAGAUGACUGCAACAAAGAGAGGUCAUUUGAUGCUCAAGUUGGCUGACUUGAUCGAAGCCAACAAGGAGUGGUUGGGUCUGUUGGAGACUGUUGAUGUGGGCAAGCCAUUGGCCGUUGCCAGAGACAUGGACAUUGUAGAGUCUGCCGAGACCAUCAGAUACUUUGCCGGAUGUGCCGACAAGAUCCAGGGCAAGGUGAUUCAGGGCGCCGCCACCCAUCUCACAGUAUACACUCGUCACGAGCCAGUUGGCGUGGCCGGUCUGAUCACACCAUGGAACUACCCCUUCAUGAUCAUGUGCUGGAAGCUUGGACCAGCUUUGGCCGCCGGCUGCACCGUCGUUGCCAAGCAGAGUGAGGUCACUCCCCUCUCCUCGCUGGCUCUGUGCGACCUGAUGAUCCAGGCUGGUUUCCCACCUGGUGUCUUCAACUUGAUCAGUGGACAAGGCCACUCUGUUGGCGCUGCCAUCUCCUCGCAUGCUGGCAUCGACAAGAUCUCCUUCACCGGUUCCACACGUGUUGGUCGCAUCGUCAUGGAGGCCAGUGGUCACAGCAACCUCAAGAAGGUGACCCUUGAGCUUGGUGGCAAGAGCCCCAACAUCAUCUUUGACGACGCUGAUCUCGAGCGCGCUGUGCCAGGCUCGAUCGACGCCAUCUACCCCAACAUGGGCCAGUGCUGUUGCGCCGGCUCCCGUAUGUUUGUGCAGGAGGGCAUCUACGACGAGUUUGUCAAGCGCUUCGUGGAGAAGGCCAAGACACUCAAAGUGGGCGAUCCCAUGGGCGCCGUCGACCAGGGUCCACUGGCCAGCAAGGAGCACUUUGACCGUGUGUUGGACUACAUCCAGAAGGGCAAGAAGGAGGGUGCCACCGUGCUCCUAGGCGGUGAGCGUUAUGGCAACAAGGGAUACUUUGUUCAGCCAACCAUCUUUACCAACCUGAAGGAUGACAUGUGUAUCUCAAAGGAGGAGAUCUUUGGUCCAGUCGUCUGUAUAUUCAAGUUUAAGACUGUUGAGGAGGUCAUUGAGCGUGCCAAUAACACCAUCUACGGUUUGGCCGCUGGUCUCUGGACUCAAGACAUCUCCAAGGCUCACAAGGUUGAGAAGAAGUUAAAGGCUGGUACUGUUUGGAUCAAUGAUUACAACUACACCAACUUCAUCAUUCCAUUUGGAGGAUACAAGCAGAGUGGAUUUGGUAGAGACCUCAGUGACUACGCCCUCCAGGAGUAUUGCUCUGUGAAGGCUAUCGUCCUCAAUCAUGGUUCAAGUCUUUAA